AUGAAACGUUUCUUCUUUGGUAGCGGCUCCAAGAGCCAAGAGGCACGACCUGUCGAGAAUAAGUGGAUGGUGGAAGAGCGUUCCAUCGACGAAGCCCGUCCCCUGAGAGUCGUUAUCAUUGGAUCGGGCAUUUCUGGGAUCAUCGCCUCCAUUCGCUUCAGACAAAGGAUCCCCAACGUGGAUCUCUGCGUGUAUGAGAAGAAUGAAGAUAUCGGGGGCACCUGGUUCGAGAACAGAUAUCCCGGUUGUGCAUGUGACAUCCCAGCCCAUACGUAUCAAGCUACCUUUGAGCCAAACAAAGAAUGGUCGACGUUCUAUGCUGCCGCUCCGGAGAUCCACGCGUACUGGAAGCGUGUGGCUGAAAAGUAUGGUUGCAUGAAGUACGUCAAGCUGAAGCAGGGAGUCGUUGAAGCUGUCUGGGACGACUCGAAGAGCAAGUGGCAAUUGAAGGUCCAAGACAUCCAGACAGACUCUGUGUAUUCGGACGAAUGUAAUAUAUUGAUCUCCGCAACUGGUGCAUUGAACUCGUGGAAGUGGCCAGAUAUCCCAGGCUUGCACGACUUCAAGGGCAAGCUGCAGCAUAGUGCCCGUUGGGAUGAGAGCUAUGAUUAUACCGGCAAAAGAGCCGCGGUGAUAGGAAAUGGAUCGAGCGGCAUCCAGAUCGUUCCUGGCAUGCUACCAAAGGUAGCUCACAUCGACCACUACAUUAGGGGGCGAACGUGGCUUUCCCCCACCUUUGCCCGCCAACAUGUGGAUAAACGAGGAGGAGCUGAACUGGAGAACUGUUUGUCAACCCAUCCAGUCAUGCCGUUAAAAAAAAGUAUUGACCUAGUUGGAAUAGUCUCGUUUACACCAGAAGAGAUUGAAACCUUCAAGAAGGACCACAGCACCUACCAGAGGUUCCGCAAAGAAAUCGAACUCGAGUUGCAAUCAGUCCACGGUGUGACGCUACUUGGCACACCUGAACAGAUCGGCGCGCGAGAGGUCUUCUUACAGAAUAUGAAGCGCCGACUCUCGAGGAAACCUGAACUGUGCGAAAAUUUGAUACCUUCAUUUCCUCCUGUGUGCCGACGGCUCACUCCAGGCCCGGGAUAUCUUGAGGCUUUGACGGACGACAAAGUGGACGUCAUCACAAGCAAGAUCGUCAAAGUCGAUGCAGAGGGGAUCAUCACAGCAGACGGACAACAUCAUCCCACGGAUGUCCUUGUCUGCGCAACUGGGUUCGACACCACAUUCACUCCGAGAUACCCAAUCAUCGGACGCAAGGGUGCCACUCUAGCCAAUCGCUGGCAGAAGACACCAGAGACCUAUCUCUCCCUGGCUGUCGAUGGAUUCCCAAACUACUUCGUCUGCUUGGGGCCAAACGCGGCACUAGGCGAGGGUAACCUGUUGCUUCUGAUUGAGAAGGAGAUCGAUUACUUUACGCUCUGCGUGCAGAAGAUGCAGCGUGAUAACAUCCGAGCGAUGAGUGUGAAAAAAGAAGCGGUAGAGAUGUUUACUCGCUACUGUGACCAGUACUUCUCAAGAACGGUGUUUAGCGAGAAAUGCCGUAGCUGGUACAAGGGAGGGACCGAGGAUGGCAGAGUCACUGCAUUAUGGCCCGGUUCCUCGCUUCAUUCAAUGAGAGCUCUGGCGUAUCCUCGUUGGGAGGAUUACACGUACGACUAUGUCAAUGCCAAUCCAAACGGCUGGCUUGGAGACGGCUGGACGGAGAAUGAAAAGUUGAAGAAGAUCAACGUGGAUUAUCUGAAUGAUGACGAAGUUGAUUUUCCAACAAAUGUCAUUGCGGUAUCGGGUCAAUGA